UUACCACUUCUGUUAGUGCUAGCUACAGGCUAGCUAGGAAACUGUUCAUUUAACUUGUUAGUUAUUUGUCUAGUUAGCAGAUAACGUUUGUUGUUUUGCUUGUCAGACCUUUCUGUGGAUAUUGUUUCAGUAUUUACUUUUAUAUCACUAUUCCAGAAGCCAACUGAGGAGGAACUUAACCCAGCUAAGAUGUCAAUGGACAACAGAAAGAGGCCAGCAGGUUCCUCCAAUUCUGGCAACUUGGUUUACUGGUCUUCCUCGUUUCCACGGCAACCUGCCAGGGUCCUGAUCGUGGAGGCACUGCCACCCUGGUGGUCAGACACCUGUACGGUGCUCUGUGAUGCUCUGGAUAACUUCCUGUCCCUGGCCUGUAGUCUGGAUGGACCCUGUAGGAUACCACUACUGAGCCUGUAUGCCGUCAGCAGGCAGCAGGAAUGUCUUCUGCCCUUUGUGCAGGUUCGUGGUAACCUGGCCAGGCUACGUUCAUGUGUGGAGGAGCUGAGGUCCAUUCCAGGUGAAGGUUGCAUCAGAGGAGCAGCCAGAGGAGGCGAGCAUCUGCGACAGGCCGUGCUGGACAGUCUGCAGCAGUUUAAACAAUACAUCAGACAUACUAGUACUGGCAACCAGGCCAGCAACAAUACGUCUGUCGAGAUUACUGUGGUGACCAGCCAGCUAGGGCGGGGCAUUGUUCACAAGUUGGAGAUGGGCCUCAAAGAUGCUGACCUGGUGCCUCUGAAGCGGCUCCUGGUGGUACAAAUCUAUGGAGUAGCAGAGUGGGGCCAGGAGAGCCCUUCACCUGAAGCCACGCACACUGAGACUGAAGACUGUCUGAUGUUGGGAACGGACGUCGACCUGCAGCAGGUGGAAAACAGUGUGUUCGCUAUGGAGAUGGUAUUGAAGGCGUGGCUUCAAGAGCAGGGAGGCGACGGAGAGCACCUCCACCUCCUGUUGCCCAACCCCCUGGACAAUCCCAUCCCAGUGUGUGUGAAGUGUGACAUGCAGGAGCGUCUGAUAAGCCCCGCCCUCAUCCCCCUGAACCCCAACCUGGGAGUGAAGACCGAGAGCGUUCGGGACUUUCUGCCUGCUUCUAAGGGACAAGCCAAUCAGAGCCAACCGCCACAGAGACUGAAAGCAAUCAAGACUCUUCGUGCUGACGGAGUGUGUGAGAGUGUGUUGUACGGCCUGCCGCUGGUGAUCCGCCCCACAACCUGCUGGCAGCUGGACUGGGAUGAAAUGGAGUCCAACCACAAUAUGUUCCACGCUCUCUGCCACACACUCAGGAGUCGUGACUUGUUCCUGCUGCUGCAGGUGGAGCUGGCACAGAGGUCCACAGCUGGAGGCUCAGGUGUGUAUUCUCACUAUAUCCUCCAGCCAUCCCCGUCUCUGUCCCUCCUCCUGAAGCCGGUGGUCUCCAGAGAGCUGCUGCUGCCCUGCUCACUGCCCAUCUCAACUCAGGAACCUGCACUCCAUGCUAUGCAGGUUAUACAGGGCUGUCUCACUCAGCUGGAUGAGGAGUUUGUGUUCAACCCUCUCUCUCUGAGCAGUAACCUGUACCAGCACCUCAGGAGUAGAGGCCUGCUCUCCCAGCCACGAUACCCAUACAGACUGCAGCCAGCAGCUGCCCACAGAGACCAGCGUCAACCACUAGAGGGCCCUAAACCCACAGGCAGCAGGCAGCUACGGCAGCCACAAAACCAGGGUCGCCAAGUGGGAACGAACAGCAAAGUCAGGGCCACUGUGGCUCCCUUCCCCUCUUGCUCCCCCCACUCCUCCUCCUCCUCCCUGGGACCUCCUCCUGCUAAGGCCUCUCGUCCGGCUCUGACACUCCUCAGCAGCGGCAGUGGAAGCCACCGGGCCGCAGGCCCUGCUCGACAGGAGGAAGAGGAUGAUGAUGACUCCAUGGUAACGCAGUAAGAAACACUGGAGGGUGGGUUCAAGAAAGUGGGCCAAGAGAGCAAAAACGUAACACGGAAGUGACGAAGCGAGAGAGAGGCGGUGUACUACAUCCUCAACAAGUCACUUCAAAGGGUUUCUCCAGUGAGUUGCAGUGUAGCUUAGUCAGCACACACACACACAGUUGGUCUCCAUUGUAAAGUUUGUGAGUAAUUAAGCAGCUCAUUAAGGCUUUAAAGACUUUGUAAAGCCACACACUAAUUUGCACAUAGACAUCGCACACAGCCACAUGUGUGCGAACACACACACUAUUCUGCGCUACACGGGGGUAUUUACAGCUUCUUUUGAUACUUGAAUUCAUCUAUAUUUGCUCCCACCACACGAACAGUAUUAGCUAGAUCUGAGUUUAACAAGCCUGUGUGUGUUUGCGUGUGGGCUUGUGUGAACGUGUGAACGUGUGAGAAAGGAAAGUUUCAACUCGCAGCCGUCUGCAGAUUGCUGAGGCUGCAAAACUUCAAAAUCGCACAGCAUGGACAAUGAAAAGGCAGGAGAAAAGAUGAAAAAGAAGGGAAACAGCAGGACAAUGGAGGCUUGGAAGAGGCAAAACAAAAUGGAUGGGAAGGAACAGAAAAUAAUAAGAAAUGUCAAAGAGGAACAAAAGGUGGGUGGGGUGGGUGAUCAGAGGGAGAUUAAAGGACAUCCAGAAAGCUCUGUAUGACACAUCAACAUAAAAGAAAUCGGUUCAAAAAUUAUGAUUCAGGCAUAAUAAAGCAGACAUACUGCAGCUAUAGUGCUAUAGUAUAAACAGACUUAUAGCCAAACACACACAUAUGCACAUUUCAUUUCCAUUUGGCCCUUAAGCCCCCGUCUGAACACAGCUUCACUGUUUUAAUGAGACAGAGAAUAAAGCAGCAGACAGAGGGGGCUCUCUGCUCUCUGUCACCCCCACAGCUCGCUCUCUCUCUGGGGGUUGAAAGGCAGCAUAAGGGCAGUACGUCCUUUAAAGUAGUGAAUUUGACCAUUUUUCCACACUGAAAGGUUUGCGAUAUAGAGAGGGGUCGAUUCGAGUUCACCAAGUAUCAUCACUGUAUUACAUUCAGUGACAUUUAAUCAUUCAUGCAUAUACGCACAUAUUGGUCAGUUAGACACGUCCACCGUCACUAUUAUUAAUGUAUUCCUGGUCAAGGAGCUUUGUCAUCCACACACACAGGCUUAAUCAGUCUCCCGCCAUUCCACCCCCUUGUUGAACCUCGUAACAUUAGGGACUACCCAGUGGCAAAUGACUUGUCCUGUGAUGUCACAGGACUUCCGCAUUCACAAAUUACAUCUACAACGAUCCUUUUGUCUCUUGUCUUGAAAUCCAAAACUACCCACUGACAUUUUACCCACUUCUCUCUCGCUCUCUGUGUCCUUUCUUUAAUCCUCCCAAAUUCAGAGCAGCUGAGUCAAUGGAUGUGAAUUUCAUACAUUUGUUCAAAAAGCUGAAGCUAAAGUUCCUCUGUUUGACCCGGACGGUCUCAGCCACACUCCUCGUUAAAUGUCACUGCUACAGAUUGAUGAGGCGUGACCAUCAGUUAACAGAAGUGUCCCUAUUUGUGUGUGCAAAUACGUUCAGAGUUGAAUUUUACUGGAAGUGUCUCGCUAGUCAGGAGAUUUUUCAGGUUUUGGCAAGUUUCUGACCCAUAUCAACUGUUCUUUCUUUUCCCAGAAAGUCCUUUGUUCAUUGUUGUUUUGUAUUCCACCACACAGACAUCCUUAUCUCAUAGUGUUGACUUUCUCAUGUUCCUGUUCUGCUUUCAUGUUCUGUGUACUGACUGUUUUUAAAUCUAAUUUAUUAUCUGAGCUGCAAAGGAAAUUGUCACGGAUCAAUGUCGUUUGUUCACUUUGUUAAAUAAUUGUGCAUGAACUGUGGGUUAAUAAAUUGUAUCCUAAAGUAA